UGAGAGCCAUUGGAGACAAGAGAAGAGGAACAAAGAACAGAGAGGGAAAUAUGGGUGUGGUUGAAGAGUACUUGCCAGCCAUAGCCAUGUUGGGGCUCCAAGCAAUUUAUGCCAUUGUGACACUCAUCUCCAGGGCUGCCCUGUUGGAGGGUAUGAGUCCUAGAGUGUUCAUUGUGUACAGGCAGGCCUUUGCCACUCUCUCUAUAGCACCUGUUGCUUACUUCUCCAGCUCCAAAUCCAUGAAGCUUUCUUUGGAUUUCAAGAGCUUUUAUCUCAUCUUCCUUGCUGCUCUUGCUGGGACAACGAUCAACCUCAAUUUUUUCUACGAGGGGCUUUUCUUAGCUAGCUCGUCGUUGGCAACUGCGAUGGAGAAUCUAAUUCCAGCAAUGACGUUUCUGAUAGCCGCGAUGGUUGGUAUGGAGAGCGUGAAGAUGAAAAAUUUGAGGAGCAUGGCUAAGAUUGGAGGGACAGUGGUUUGUAUGGGUGGGGCUAUGUUCAUGGCCUUUCUAAGGGGUCCAAAGCUGCUGAAUGCCACACAAGGGUUUGGAGUGAAAUCUGCAAUAUUUGAUGUGGAAAGUGGGAGCCAAGAGGCUUGGUUGUUGGGGUCACUCAGUCUGUUUGGGAGCUGUUGCUGUUGGUCAAUUUGGUUGAUAUUACAGGUGCCGGCAAUGGCAAGCUAUCCUGACAAGCUAUCCUUAUCAGCAUGGACUUGUUUUUUUUCACUCAUACAAUCAGUGGGUUUCACAUUAUGGGUAGAGGGAGCCAAUGUAGAAACGUGGAAGAUUCAUUCAAAUACUGAACUUGUUUGUUACCUGUUCUCGGGGAUUUUUGGGUCAGGAGUUGCGUACUAUCUUCAAGCUUGGGGUAUUUCAAAGAGGGGACCUGUGUUCUCUGCCGUGUUCAUCCCGUUUUGCACCAUUAUUACAACUGUUUUGGCAGCUAUAUUUCUUCAUGAGGAGAUUUACAGUGGAAGCUUGUUGGGGGGUAUGGUGGUAAUUAUCGGAUUGUACGUAUUUCUUUGGGGAAAAGCCAAUGAAGGUGUGAAGGAAGAAGACAAAGAAAGGAGCAGAAUUGAAAAACAAGAGGAUUGUGAAUCAAAUUCAGUUGACAAAGAGAGUUACAAAAUUGAUAUGGAAGAACCUCUAUUGAAGGGAUGUACAGAUCAUAUUGACAACUAGACACAAAGGGAUUCAAUACCCUCACGUUGCAUUUAUGAUCCACUUGUUCAAAAAAGGAAACCAAUGUGUAGGAUGUUUUUUAUUUUUUAAUUCUUGUACCUUUUUUGUUUCCUUUUGUGU